AUGGCGCCCAAACAAAGACAGAAAUUGACGGCGGCGGCGGCAGCAGCUGCAGCGACGGUGCCGGCGGCAGCAGCAACGGUGCCGGAGCCGACAACGAUUGAUUCAAUCGGAGAAGACCUUCUUAACAACAUUCUGUUUCGGUUAUCAGCAGAAUCAUGUGCAUCAGCAGCAUGUGUGAACAGUAGUUGGAAUCUCAUCAUCAAUCGCUUUCUCACUCUUCCAAACCUUUCUUCUGCUCUUUCCUGCAAUCCUUGUCUUCAGGAUGCUGUGGAUGAGGUUGUUGACAAGGUUUUAGCUAGGCCGAUUCGGCCCCAGUUUGUAAUGGCUUCCAUCGGUCCUUCUUAUGACUUGAAGGAAGCUCACUAUCUCAUUACUGGUAGAUUCGGUUGCCAAAUUCCAGUUAUCACUUCGAUAUCUUAUGGAAUUUUUGGGCAAGAUGCUAACACUAACCAGUUUGAAGAGGUUCAGUGGAACACCAUGAAAGAUAACCAGGCUCAUGAGGAUCUUCGUAAUGAGGACGAGGGUGUUUUAGUGACUGUUGGUUUCUUGCCAGGAUUAAUAGUUGAUUUAAUCCCAUUAAAAAGGGCUCGGGACAAGGACAUUGACAUCAAACCGGUUCUUGCAAAGUUGGAUUAUGCUUUUACCGAAGAGACUGUCAUUGUGGGUGAUGCGGGUUCUCGUUUUUUAUACCAAGAUGGAACAAUAAGUAACCGUUUUAAUAACAGAGAGUCCAGUUCAGCUGCUGUAGCUCUUCUGUUUUCAAGGGAUACAAACAAACCUCCUGGUGUUGGGGAAACUCAGUUUCAUGUAAUGUUAUCUACUGGCGUUUCACCAAUUGGGCCUAUAUACAAAGCUGUUAAUGUUGAGGCGAAAUUUCGUGACAAUUCUACUCAGUUCAUGGCGAGAACAAAAGGCAUUGAUUUUUAUCUGGAUGGUGAGACGAUUUUAGAUCAGAUUUAUGAUGAACUGGGAGAUCAUACCCAUUCUCGAACUCUCUAUGUUGGAGUUGCAAAGACGAGGAGAUGCACUUUUGGGGAUGUUCGCAUAAGUUCGAUGUGUAUGCAUGAAUUCUAUUUGGUUUUAAGAGGUGAUAACGAGUAUCUCUAUGUCCAUGGUGAUGGUAUCAGUGAUUUUGACUCCUUCCAGUUUUACCAUGCAAAUCCUGAUUUGGCAUAUGCUUCUUGCAACGAUGUUUCAAACGACAUGAAGCUUCUGAAGCAGGAUCUAAACCACCUAAAAAAUGAUGAUCAUUCUAAUAGCAAUGGAAGCAUGCAUAUGCAUAAGAAGUCUGUUUUUGGUGGUAUGAUGUUCGCUUGCUAUGGUCGUGGAAAGUUAUUUUUCGGUGAACCUAAUGUAGAUGCCUCACCUUUCUUGGAGAAUUUCCCUGGGGUUACCUUCUCAGGAACCUAUUGUAAUGGAGAAAUUGCACAUGGAGAUUAUAGCUUCUACGUAAAGGAGUCUAAAGGACAAAGCUGUAUACGUUGCAGUUUGCACGAAUUUAGCACCGUCUACCUUGUUAUGUCAUAUACUCCUCCUGCAUUGCCAGAAGAUUAG